CGUUGUUAUUCCAAUAAUGUUUCGUCACAAUAAACUCUCACAACAUGAUAUAUCUGCUGACAGCUCACAAUAGAUCUGAGAAACUGUGUCACAGUGUACGAGAAUCGCGUGUCACGUGAUCACAUUCAUUCUCCCCGAUGGCUUGAACAUGUCACGUGAUCAUCAGUGUAGCUGAGGCAACAACCAGGAAGUGAUAAACAGUCUACCCCGGGUGCUCGUCCAGGUUGCGUAUCUGUAAAGAAAUGGCCACCGCAAAGAAAUUGACGGACAACCAUCUGACCUGUCUCAUCUGUGCAAAGGUGUUCACAGACCCUGCCACACUUCAGUGUAGUCACACAUUCUGUAAGUCGUGUCUGCUGAAAUACACCAAAACACAGCCUAAAGCAAUUCAAGCCAAGUCUAUUCCAUGUCCCUCCUGCAGACAACUGACGAAGGUGGCCAACCCUGAAAGUCCUGUAGAGAAGUGGGUCAGUCAAUUGAAACCAAGCCACGUCAUCCAGGGGCUGAUGGACGAUUUGGGGGAAUCGUCAGAUACCUGUAGCGUGUGCAAAGAAGAUGGGGAGACAACUCCAGGCGCUGUGUGGUGCACCAUUUGUGACGAUGUCUUUUGUGAUGGAUGUCUCAAGUUACACAAGAAGAUGCCGCUGUCACGUGACCAUGAAGUGAUUGACUUAUGUAUCCAUAGUAACGAGAAACCGAAGGCACAGCGCUUUAUGUGCAGAAUUCACAAGGAUGAAAAGAUAAAACUGUUUUGUAAAGAUUGCAGGAUGGCAAUUUGUACUGUUUGCUGCAGUAUCAAACACAAGAAGUGUGAUGAUGUUGAAACCAUAGAUACAAUGACGCCUCUUGUAAAAGAAAGUCUGAUAAUUGAAACUAGAAACGAAGAGAGAAAAAUUGAAAAUUACACUGAGAAUAUUUCAUCAACAAAUUCGAAAAUUGAAAAGCUAUCGACGAACGCACAGGAGAUGAAAGACCAAGUUCGGAAAGUACGUAUGGCAGCUGUAGACGUUCUUCUGAGAAAAGAAAAGAAACUGCUGGAUCGUAUCGAUCAACUCACUAAGAUACGUAUGGACGAAUUGAAAGCCCACAGAAAGUCCCAGGAAAUUGAACUCCAGAUGCAUCAGCAGCGGCAUGAGUUCAUAGACAAAGCCGUGACGUCACACUGUGUAGCAGAAAUGUAUGAUAUAUAUGAGACUUUGUCUGUAGCAUCCAGAGAUAAGAUGACAAGUAAGGACAAGAGACCAAUACCAUCCACCAUUGUCUUCACACAUGACACAGAUAAACUGAGGAGAUCUGUAGCUGUGGUGCAGCUUGGGGAGGUCAAGGUUUAUGGAGGUCUGUAUGACCGGACGUCUUCUCCUGUUCUCCUGCAAACAAUAGACUGUAGCAGACAGGGAGACAUAGGGCCUUCUGCAAGGGUUUGUUUUGAUGUUGCAGUAUUAGUUGUUCAUGAUAUCAAGGUAACUGUUGUGACAGGUAAUGGUAGUAGUAGACUUAAUGCAUGUUAUACUUCAAACACAACACUCAUCCAGAAUUGUCUCCAGCUUCCUACUUGUCCAAGACGACUGGCUAAGGUGGGCGGAGCUCGGGCAGCUGUUACUCUGCCAGACACAAAACAAAUAGCUUUCAUCAACUUUGACCCUGAGCCUUCAUUACUCUCAACUGUGAAGACAAAGAGGGAGUAUUAUGGGUUAGCCUGUCUGAACUAUUCACAACUGGUAGCAGGUGGUGACGACAGUCGUGCCUCUGUUGACGUGCUGGAUAUGAAAGGGAAUGUACUUAAAUCUAUCAACACAGGUGUGAUAAAGAACCCAUUCUAUAUUCAUGUCACCAGAAAUAACAACUUGUUAUUCAGUGAUGCUGCAGUAAAAUCCCUCGUAUCUGCGACCUGUGAUGGUGAAGUUGUUUUCACCUACACCCCUACACAACCAGCACAGGAGACAUCCUGCUUGUAGACAGAGCCGCAAACAGGAUGAUUCAGCUGACAGAGUCGGGGCAGUUUGUCAGAGAUGUUCUCACACACCAUGAUGGCCUUGAGCGUCCUCGUGGUAUCUGUCUGGAUGAUGAUGGCUUGCUUUACG